AUGGUAUCUGCACUGACCAUGCAGCCACCUUUCUUCUCAUUCCUCCUGACUGCUGUACAUGUGUCUGUACUGGUGGACUGUAGACUGGGGCUGGAGGAUCCAGAGCAGCGACCACAACAUCUGCAGAGCUGCCUCUACACAGGAGCAUAUGCAGACACAUCCAAUGUAGAAGCAGACACAAGCAACUCUGUGUCAGUACUGGAUGUGAGAAGAAAACAGUUGCUGUGCAUGGGCCUAAAGGGAGAGCUAGACAACUCAAAGCAAAGGGACAAGGAAGGCUUUCUCCUCUGGCACAUUUUGAACUCUACAAAUGGAGGUCAGGCAGCUCACCAGGAGCUACCCGAACCCUCUUCACCUCUGCUCAAGACUAUCCUGGGUGCCUUGGUAAGGAGACAGAGGAGAAGUGAGGAGGUGAACCCCUCUGAUCCAUUAAGAUCACAGUCACAUCCCUCAUUUUCUGUCAGGGAUCACAAGAACACAUCUCACAGUCAGCUUGAACAUGACCAGGCUGGCGCUGUGUCCAAAGAGACCAUCACGUCCUGUGAUGACCCCCUGAAGGUCUUACAGCCUAAUGGGCCUGGCAGUCCUCUUAAGAUUAAUGUUGCAGAGCAAGACUAAGGGCUGCAAGCCGUUGUGUUGUUCUGAAAACCUCACUUCAUGUUUGACUGCAUCAUGGAAGUAGGUAGCCUGUCAUGUGUAUUGCAGUAUCAGUAAGAGAGCAAGAGAUAGCAGUGAAAACCUUGUUAUAUCACAGCAGCUUGUACAGAUCUUGUGUUUGAAUAACAGAUGAAGGAUAGUUCUGGCAGCAUUUGACAUAAUCAUGAGGCAAGUCAGGUCCAUGGUCCUGCUGUCCUUUAACCUUUUUCCUCAGUUAAACUGUAAACCUUGGGCCUGAUAUGUGGCAAUGUUUGUUUUAUCUACAAGUAAUUAAGAACAUGUUAUCCAUACAUCAACUGAAAAACAUAACAGAAAUCAAUGGUACAUGGUGUUACUGAAAAGACAGGAUCAAGUAUCAGGUGCUGGACACCACUAAGUCACAGCAAUGAAAAGGUAUUUAUUUAUUGAAAUGUGUUAAACGACGUCCAUCCUAGCCUGGAGUUUUAUUAUUUAUA